AUGCGCGCUGCCCCUGUUUUCAUCUCCCUCAAGCGAUGGCUCGAUCAGUGCGUCACCCAUCUAGAUCAGAUCACUUACGAAAUGUUUGUGGAAGAUCGUGAUUUCUGGGACGAAAUUCCAUCCCUAGUCGAAUCCCUGCUACGACGCGAAUCGGAACUCCUUCCGGAUGAAGGAGACGGUCCCUGGCAAUGUCUACAAGGUUUUUGCGUCGCAUACGCAGCGAUCGGACUUCAUUUAGUACGCCUAGAUACGACAAUGUUGCGAGACUAUUUACAAAAUCCUACACGCUCUUCGGAGCUGCUAUCGAAGGCAUAUUGGAGCCCCCUCGGCUGGAUUAUUCAAAUUAAAAACAUUCCUUUUUACAAGGCAAUGGAGAAUGAUUAUGGCCAAGAGGUUGUAAACCUUGUCGCUCACAUCAAUAACUCCAUUUGCCAGCCAGAGUUAAACGCAUUUCAGGUCAUCUCAGACUUUGCAAACUUGGUACUAGAAGCACUUCCUCAGUGUCCGGCGUUAGCACCCCAUUUCGCCAAUUCUCUAUCUCUAGCUCAAAACAUUGUCGAAUGUGGAUGUGAAUCAAGGAAGUACGGAACCGACGGAACACUAGUUGCCUCGUUGAAUUUUAACGAUACCAUUAGCCAGGCUUACGAGUUCUUUCGUGUUAUCGAUUCCACUUAUCAGGCUCUAAUAGCCAAAAAGGCAGCCUGGAUUGCGGGCGAUGUGAGCGACAUGAUCCUCCGUUCAAUUUGUUCCACUUACUCCAGCAUCUGUGCAUUUGACCAACAAUUAGGAGUCAAAAUUGCGCAGGACCUUGGAAUUAUGUACCCCGAAGGCACCAGCCCCAGUGAUUAUGCAAAUAUUAUCAACUAUGGCUGGAAGUUCACAAUCUUGAAGAAAUAUAUCACUGAUGGCCGGAUGGAGUUACGUGUUCUUGGAGUGGAUACCAUGCAACAAGACCUUGUCAAUGUCUGGAAGACCAACAUCAAUGGCAACCCAGCCGGAGUGGAUUACCCAAUUACAAGGUUUCUGGUGAAGUUCCUUAGGGACAACAAAGUGGUCGAUUACAUUGUCGGAAUUGAUUCACACCCUCAGCUAAUUUCUCGAAGCGGGAAUAUUGUUGGAUUUCUUGUGAUCACUGGCACAUACACCGACCAAGAUACUGACAUUAUCUGGAAUACGGUGACUGAAAGCCAUGAUCCGCGUACUGUUUCAGAGGUUUUGUCGAUGUUGACUCGCACAUUCAACAUGCAUUCCCAGGGAUCUCCUUCCCUCCUUUACCUAUGCGCAAAGUUAAUUGAAUUGCCUUUGAAUCGGUUCGACGCGCGGAUGAUAGACUAUUGCGAACAACUCUUGACUUCUUUCAGAGUAAGAUAUGCAGAAAGAGGGAGAAACGGCACUUUGGAUUACACUCCUGUAGAUGUAAUGCCCCUCAAAUUAUGUGUCCGUUUGAUCCGAGAGAUCACUUCUGUGAAGGAAAUGCCGCCGGAACAAAAGGCCCAACUCCAAAGAUUCGCCAGCCGGCAUCUUUUCCUCCUGAUCGAACUUGGGAUCAACGACCACGACAGGAUGGAACUAUUUGGGCAAUGCAUUCAGGAUAUAUCUGAGAUGAACGAGUUUACCGUCGGAAGUAUAAAUGCGCUAGGCGCUUUAGUUACACCAACUGAUACCCAAGACAUUCGCCGACUGGCCUUAGAGUUUGAUUUCACCACCUUGAUUGUUGAAGAACUGGCACAUGCCCUGAACUCAGAUUCCUCGAAUUUCAGUGGCCCAGAUUUAAGCCAUGAGUUGACGCCACGGAUUCAACUUCUUCAACGAAUUAUUGACAAGGUCCCGGAGACCAUUUCCCUAGGUUUAGCUGAUAAGUUGUGGGAUAGUCUUUUUGCUUCGAAGACAAUGGGUGAUCGGAAUCGAAGUUACGCUUGGGAUGUAUUGUCCAGGUGUGUUUCCAGAUGUGGCAAACAGAACCCAUUCCUUGAACGGUGCAUGAAUGAAUAUCUUCCGCGCGUCUUGCCCGAUGAUUUCAGCGGAGAUAUUCUCUCGUUUGCUGAGCAAGCUGUCAGCUACGACCUACGGUUCCACGAAGGACCACCCAUUGCGGAGCACGAAAUCAUAUCCGUCCCUGGAAUGGAUCGGAUAUGGCAUAUCAUCCUCACUGUACCGUCCACUGAUAUUGGAGUAAAGGCGAUCAAUUUUGCCAUUGAAAUCUAUCUUGAUCAUCCGCUAAUACGAAAAGCUCCGAGGUCAGCAGCAGAAGCUACUCAUGUAUCUCUGGUUGACCGUUGUGUUGAUCAACUUAGAGAGUCAGCCAACAAACUCAAAGCUCUCACUGAUGGAAUCACAAGCGAGGGAGAUAACGCUAUGGUGAUCGUUCCAGCCGUGAAGGAGACGCAGGCUGAAGAGCUGAAAUUCGGCCGCUCUUUGCUAUUCCUGAAGCAUCUGCUUCACGGCUUACGGACCCGACCGCAAUAUACUCCUCCACAAGGCAGCCCACCGGUAUUACCACUAAGGAACGAAGAAAUGAAAGGCACUAUGAUUCAAGUCUCUUAUCAAGCCUUUAAUGGGACUUCUCAAACUCAAAUUCGCACCCUGCGAACCGGGGAUCUUACGACCCUGUCUGAGCUAUCGCAAAGGCUUGCUCGUUUAACAGGUUUCUCCAAAUUUACCUUGAUUACCGGGGGCCGUUUUUUGGACCAGGUCAUGAACGGUAAUCGCACUUUACGUGACUUGAAACUGUCGUCGACAGGACUUUUGAUUGUUCGAAAAGCGGUUGAUCCGUUAGAGGGGUCUUUUGGGGCCAGAAGGCAAUCCUUGACUUUGGUCGAUUCAGAAGUACUAAAACAUUUCGAUGACCUCCAUGAAUUCUUGAACCUAGACGAAAGGUUAUCGAAAGAGAUCUUCGAUUUUCUCGUUCUCUUUCCACCACAACAACGUAUCCGAGAAUGCGUUCGUUCAGCGACGACUUCCGGGCCCGAAAUGUUUCCUUUCAACAAACCGUACAAACUUCUAUACUCUAUAAGUUCCCUUAUAGUAUGCAUUAGAGAAGAAUCACUGGAGUUGCCUUACAACUGCUUCCUUCAAGGUAGUCUUUCACUACUAAUAAUGCCGUCUCUUUCAGCCAAAUCGCCUACAGAUACCUCCGAAACCCUCUUCACAGACCCAGCCGGAUUAGUCUCUUGCCUCCUGAAGUUUGUCUUACUCGCAAACACCCCUCAUCAACUACCGCUCGCGGAACUUCCUCUUCAGAAGUUGAUAUCAAACUCGUUUGCAACUCUUUUUGAAGCGUCCAUGCACGACGGGAAAAUCUGGGAUGCAUUUAAACAGAAUGCCGAUAUGGACAAUAUUAUCCUAAUGCUUUUGUUGCGUGACCCUCGACCCAAUCUUCGGCAAGACGCUGCGGGGAUAUUUUUCGCUCUUUGUGGAAUGUUACCGUCGCAAAACCAAUCGUCCAAGGCUUAUCCCAAGGAGUCAAAGGUUUCAACAAGACUCGAGACUCCUACUGGUAUUGAUAUCAUCGGUACUCUGUGGAAUUCUCUUACUUCAUUAAUCCCCCGCAGCAUUGAAUUUCCCCAGACUUCUCAGCAAUUCUUUGAGGUGGCUCUGGUUGUUUUCCAGACAGUCGGAAACUUAUCCCCUGAAGAUCUAAUUUUUGGUGAUUACUUGAAAAAAUGGGGCGCCGUACUUUUGAAUCAUCGGACUCAUGAGUUCGUUGGGCGUGAGCCUAUUGAUUACAUUGUAUUGGGAUUUGCCCAUUUAUUGAAGAAAUGCAUGGAGCUUUCACAACCGAAGAGGAUCACAGGCAAUACCAGAGAUCUCAUGGAGCAGGUUUUCACCGCCUAUUUGUUUCCAAACCUGUCGGAGCAAAAUGAUAAAACAGCAAUCGUGCCAGCAAUACCCGUGAUGCACGGCGGAACUCGACAGGAAAUCUACAAUGUGCUUCUUCUACUUUGCGAAGACGAAGUUAACUGUGGGCAUAUGCUCGAGAUUCUAGAAGAUGUGAUUCCAAAAAACUAUACUUACGAAUCAAGUUGGAUCUUUGACCGACAGAAAACCAUUCGCUCACCGGAAGGAUAUGCCGGGCUUAGGAACUUGUCUAACACUUGUUACCUUAACUCUCUAUUUACGCAGCUCUUCAUGAAUAUUAACUUCCGCAAAUUCAUGUUGCAAGUUCCCGUGGAAGAAACGGACCCGAAUCAGGCCCUUCUGGCUGAAACGAAAAAGCUCUUUGCUUAUAUGCAAAAUACGUGGCAAAAAAGCGUGGACACAUUCCCAACGGUAGAAGCUAUCCGGACCUUUGAAAAUGAACUCAUUGAUAUCAAUAAUCAGAUGGAUGUCGAUGAGUUUUAUAACCUUUUGUUUCAUAGAUGGGAAGGCCAAAUCCAGUCAGCAGAACAGAAAAAGGAAUUUCACUCAUUUUAUAGCGGCCAACUUGUCCAGCAGAUAAAAUCUAAAGAGUGCGAACAUAUCUCGGAAAGACUGGAGCCGUUUUCUGCGAUUCAAUGCGAAAUCAAGGGCAAAAGUGGACUCGAAGAUAGUCUGAGGGCUUAUGUGGAAGGAGAGAUGAUGCAAGGAGAUAACAAAUACUCGUGCACAUCGUGCAAUCGGCAUGUUGACGCCGUGAAAAGAGCAUGCUUGAAAGAUAUUCCCGACAAUCUAAUCUUCCACUUGAAACGAUUUGAUUUUGAUGUCAUCACCAUGAUGAGAAGCAAAAUCAACGACGAAUUUCACUUUCCUGAGCGUAUCGAUAUGACUCCAUUCAAAGUUGAACACCUAAAUAACCCAAAUGCACCUGUGGAGCCCGAUAUUUUCGAACUGGUUGGCGUUUUAGUGCACAGCGGCACAGCGGAGUCCGGACACUAUUAUUCAUACAUCAAAGAACGUCCCAGCCGCAAUUUUGGCACUUGGGUGGAGUUUAACGACGCCGACGUCAGCCGAUUUGAUCCUUCUAAAAUCCCGGAUCAGUGCUUUGGGGGAAUGCACGAUACAUUUCACGGACCGGGUUUGGGUCAAGUUCGUUUUAAUAAAGUGUGGAAUGCGUAUAUGCUCUUCUACCAACGGGUCUCUAGCAUGGAGGCAGCACAGAGGGAAUAUCAAUCAUGUUUGACUGAUGCCCCGGUCACCAUUCCCCUGACUCUGGAGCUUGGGAACCAUAUCGCCAUGGAAAAUGAACUAUUCCUUCGAACCUAUUGCCUUCUGGAUCCGUAUUAUGCUCGCUUUGUCCUUGGGCUUCUCCAGCAAUGUAGGAAAGCCCUCCUGUCCGGGGAUGCGAAGAACUCAAAUCUCCAAAAGGGUGCAAUAUACGUUACUUUGGAUACUUUGGAACAACUUGUAUCGCGGACAAAAGAAACGCCAGCUUUGGAACCCUUGUUCGCAGAAUUGGAUCUUGCAAUAGAAGAAAACUCUUACGCUGCUUUCUGGGUUCUUGAAUGGGCGACGAACCGACGCUUGGGACUCCGAAAUCUGCUUCUGAGAUGCCCUAACGCCAUUGUUCGUGCUGGGUUUUCUGCGCUACUCGUAUCCUCCCUGGCACAUUUGAAGAAUCGGUUAACCAGCCCGACAUUGGAACCCAUUAAUGUGACACGUUACACACAUGACUAUACUAUUCUACUUGAAGGUAUCUUGGUUAAUCUUCAUCAUCUAUGGAGCGGGAUCCAUCUCUAUUCUCGAGCCUGGGAUGACUACUUCGAAUUUAUCCUGGCCAUUGCUAGAUUCGGCGAAUUCGAAGUUGAAAUGAUCCUGGACCAUGGGUUCAUGGUGAGGUGCCUGGAGGUAAUCUGGCUGGAUAAAGAGGAUAGUAAGAAACUAAAAUGCCACUAUACAAAUUAUUUUCGGCUGAUGGAGAAAGGACGAAAAUUCUCGCAGGUUAAACUCAUGGAGUUGCUUUACCACCUUUUCACUUGUCUUGAUUGGAACCUUCCCCCGUUAUCGGAAUCGCAGCCACGGGUAGGCCAGAACGGAAAAUUCGCAAUGUCGAUGGACGAAGCCGACUUGAUCUGUCCCGUCGGGAGACAUAAAGAGCUAGUCGUCUUAAAGAAAAUUAUUGAACAGCAGGCCAAUCCGACCGUAAGCAGGGAGCUCGUUAAGUUCCUUGUGGAAUUGCCAUCGCCUAACAAGUUAUUGGAUGGUGUAUGCAAAGCUAUAGAGGAGGGGUUAACUAUUGAGCCUUCCGGACUCACUGUACCUUUCCUUGAGGCAACUAUGGUGUUCUGCGAGUUUGCACCUGAUGCAAAUAAGAUCCUAGAACUCGUGGACUUUUCUCUCAAGUGUGCAGAAACCCUUGAUGAGGCUGCCCGGGAGUACAUCGCUUUUUUGCGAGGCCUCUUGGAAUUACAAAAUCUGAAAAUUGGUCAUGACGAUGGCUGGUUCUGGUGUCUUGUGCUUGAGAGGAUUCCAGACUGGGCGCCUCCGCUUCUUAUGUUCUACGAUCGAGUGAUCCGCAAUGCCACCUUUGAGCUUUUGCAACAGCUGGUAUUCUCAAAGGAAGAUGAAGAGUUGCCUGACGUUCACCGUCAAUAUUACCGUAAAAUCGGAAGAGGGCUUGGACAGGCUUGCGUUGAGAGGCUACAAAGCGUGUAUGCUGGAAGAGUAACGUCUCAAGUGAAUCUCGAUGCUCGAAUGUUCGAAGCCAUCACUCAUGUGGUCAAUCAUUGCACGGAUGUUUACUAUGAUGAAAAUGAAGGCGAUGAGGAUUCGGAGUUUCUUCAGCAGGCUGCAGAUGCCCUCACUGCGAUUGAACAGGUGACAGUGGAAAUGCCGGAAGAAUUUAUAUCUGGUAUGGAUUGA